AAACACUUCAAUCUUUUCUUUCCUUUGACACAAACAAGAAUGAGGGAGAAAUCAAAACCAUGGAAACCCUUUACAGCCAACUGUUGUUCAGCUGAAAAUCGAGCGAUUUUCAGCAACUUCAGCCGGUGUAAGACAUCGAAAUCGGAUUUUUCCAAGGACAUUGGGCCGUUGCCGUCAUUUCGACGACUAUCUUUCUCUGAUUUAAGCCGUUCUUCGUCUACUCGAAUCAAUGAGGAUCUUGCACAGUCGUUUGGACCCGAUUUGUAUGAUUUUCAACUGAGUGAAUUGCGUUCGAUAACUCAGAAUUUUUCGAGCAAUUUUUUGCUUGGAGAAGGCGGUUUUGGAACUGUGCAUAAGGGUUAUGUGGAUGACAAUUUGAGGCAGGGGUUGAAGGCUCAGGCUGUUGCUGUUAAACUUUUGGACAUUGAAGGCCUCCAAGGUCACCGAGAAUGGCUUGCAGAAGUAAUAUUUCUGGGACAGCUUCGGCAUCCACAUCUGGUAAGAUUAAUUGGAUAUUGUUGCGAGGAAGAAGAACGCCUCCUUGUAUAUGAAUUCAUGUCUCGGGGCAGCUUAGAAAAUCACUUAUUCAAAAGGAUCUCAAUAUCAUUGCCAUGGGGAACAAGAUUGAAGAUAGCAGUCGGAGCAGCCAAAGGCUUAGCCUUCUUGCACGGCGCUGAGCAGCCUGUCAUAUACAGAGACUUCAAAACUUCCAAUAUUUUACUAGAUUCUGAUUUCACUGCAAAAUUAUCGGAUUUUGGGCUUGCCAAGAUGGGUCCUGAAGGAUCCAACACUCAUGUCACCACCCGUGUGAUGGGUACCUACGGAUAUGCUGCCCCUGAAUAUGUCUCCACAGGACACUUAACAACAAAAAGUGAUGUUUAUAGUUUUGGAGUGGUUCUAUUAGAACUGUUAACAGGGAGAAGAUCAAUGGAUAAAACAAGAGCAAAGAGUGAGCAAAAUCUAGUAGAUUGGGCAAAACCCUACUUAACUGCUGGCAGCAGGAAAUUGCGCUAUAUAAUGGACCCAAGACUUGCCGGCCAAUAUUCUGUCAAAGGAGCCAAGGAAAUGGCCAUUUUGGCGCUGCAGUGCAUAAGUUUAAACCCCAAAGACCGGCCAAGAAUGCCGGCAGUCGUUGAAACUCUAGAAAGCCUGCAAAAUUUCAAGGACAUGGCGGUUUCUUGUGGGCAAUGGCCGGUUUCAUCACCAAAAUCAACAAAAAAUGGAGUUUCCCAUAAAGCUAGGCCUGAGACUAGACAUGGGAAUUUUAGAAAGUCAUCUCUUGGAACACCAAUCAGAAAAUCAUGAUUAUGAAGCUAUUAAAACUAAGAUUUGUGAGUAAUAGUGUGUAUAUUAAGGUAAUUUUUAAUUAGUUACUUAUAUAUGUGUAAAAAUGUGAAUGACAAUAUAUAAAAUUAUCACUGAAUGAAUGGUGAAGAGAUC